CUUCAGGUUUGUUGUUGUAGAACGACUGUAGCAACACAGAUAAUGGAGACUCACGAUAGAAGUACUUACCAAGAAUUCAAGGUUGACCUCAUACAGUCAACAAUACUUGAUACGGAUGUUUUAGAUAACUUAAUUUCAAAGUGCAUUCUAACUCUUGACGAUAGAGAGGAGAUUGACAGCCUUUUAGAUCAAUCAAAUCGUAACCAGAAACUCUUAGAAAUACUGAUGCAUCGACCAUACAAUACCUUUCCUGAUUUUGUUGAAACGAUGAAAAAAUCGGAUCAAAAGUGUCACAGUUCUCUUGUUGAAAGAAUGGAGGCCAAAGUCUUAGAUAAAGACUUGACUUUACAGAAAGCACAACUCACAGAUGAAACAACCGGUAUAAAAGAUGCUGUUAAAUUAAUCAAAUGGUAUAAAAUUAUAGUUCAUGAAAUUAGCAUCGACAAAACUGGAAUUCUAGACAAGCUAUUUACUAAAGAUGUUAUAGACCGUGAGAUUCAUGAAAAACUUUCAUCAGUAAAUAUGACUUCACACGAGAAAAAUAGAAGACUUUUGGGAAAACUUAUAAGAAAAGAUAUUUCGUCUGCCUUUCCAAUUUUCCUUGAAGUUCUGAGAGAAGAUAGCUGUUAUAAGGAUUAUGCCGAAAAGAUAGAAGAAACACAUGUCACACAGAACGACUUAGAAUUAUUGAAUAUUGGAAACAGAAUUAGAGAACGGAAAAGAAAUGGAAUGAGUGAUCUUAUGGUCGAUCAAAUAGAGAAAUGGAAGAUUGAGAGCAAAAUUUACGUCCAAACUAGAGCGACGGAUGUUGUACUUUCAAGUAUGAACUGCAACAACUGUGUAAGUGUCAUAGGACCAGCUGGAAGUGGGAAAACUGCAAUUGCUAGACACGUAGCCCUCGAAAUGGAAAGACUUGGAUACACACUUCUAACAGUGACUGAUGCAAAAGAAGUAAAAGAUCUAUACAAAUCAGACAGAAAAACGUUGUACAUUGUUGACGAUAUGUGUGGAAAUUUUACAGCCAGCCAAAGUCGGAUAGAAGAAUGGAAGAAAUCAAUGAACGACAUUAAGGGUAUUCUUGAAAAAUGGUAA